UGAAUUUCCCUCGGGAUGAAUAAAGUAUCCAUCUAUCCAUCUAUCAGUUUCACAUGUGAUCUUCUUUCUUCUCGGUCUCCUGCAGCCAGAUGUUUCCCUCCCUGUGUUAACGGAGCUCUGUGCCGACGGCCUGGUCGCUGUGUUUGCAGACGAGGUUUCUCUGGUUCUCGCUGCGAGCUCUCCACGGUGACCUUGUCUCUGCCGGGACGGCCCCUGACCUCCAUCCACCCCACCAUCGUCCCUCGGCGGCCUCCUGUGCACUUCAACCCACUCCCCCGCCCUCCAGGGCCGAGCACCAGCCUUCGGCGAAUCACCAAGCCUCCUCAGAGCCACAUCUCCCAGCCCGUCUCCACCACAGCUGCCAUUUUAAACACUAAACCAGGAGCGUCCCAGCUGAACUCCACCGAGAGCCAGGACCAAGAGGACGAGGCUCACACACCGGACUCUGGUCCUGGACUCAAAACCAAAAGUGUAUCCAAGAGGUUUCCGGUGUACGAGCAGAACAGAGCUCUGAGAACUGAGGAGCUGAAGAUGAAGGCAGCAGCUGAGGAAACACCAACAAGAGCUGAGUCUGAACCGGAGUUGAACGACCUCCAGCUCUGGGCCAGAAACGAGCAGAGAGCAGAGGUCACAGAGAGAGCGGCCAAAAUAAACUCUGACUCAGAGCCAGAGGAGGUCCAACACUCACACUCAGAGAAACAACUCCUCUCCUUCAAAACCUCAACUCUGGAGACUGAGAUCCUGGAGAAACCUUCGAAUACAAACCAGAAUCCAGAGACUCUUUCAGGGUCGGAGGGUGAAGAGAGUGGGAACCCUCAGUCUGACUCACCACAGAGAUUCACAGAAGAUGUAAUUCCAAAUCCAGAAUCCAGCCUCAGGCCUAAAGCAGAGAGAGGAGAACAUGUGGAGUCUGAUCCGGGUCCGAGGACAGAGGUGAAGACGGCAGGAGCCAAGAAUCAGCCGCUCAGUCUGAGGGAGGCCCAGGCCGUGCUGCUGAGGAAGACUCUGUUCAGGAGAGGAAGAGGAGACAAGAUGGCCGCCCUGCUGAUGAAACACAUUGAGAAGGAGAGGAAGAGACUUAACAUCAUGACCUCCUCUUCAAACCCGUCCUCAUCAUCUUCAUCCUCCUCCUCUUCCUCAUCAUCAGUGAAAACCAGUGUGAAGAGCUUCCACUCUCAGAAGGGCCAGUACACCGUCCACAUCUCGGCACCUGCAGCUGAUGGACAGACCGCCACAGCAGGGGGAGGGGGAGGAGGAGGGGGGGAGAGGAUCCAGGUGAUGUUCACGCCGACGAUCUGCAAAGUGCGCUGCAACCAGGACCGAUGUGUCAACUACUGUGAGAGAGGCAACGUGACCACGCUGUACAGCAGCAGCUCCGAGGGAGGAGGAGGAGGAGGAGGAGGAGGAGGAGGAGGACGCAGAGACGGCUCCCAUGGUCCAGGCUUCAGAGUCUUCCUCUGUCCUCUGCUCUGUAAGAACGGUGGCGUCUGUCUUCAGAAGGACCGCUGCCUCUGCCCCUCCACCUUCGUCGGGAAGUUCUGCCAGAUCCCCGUCGACUCCGCCUCCGCCGCCGCGGGUGCUGCUGCCUCGCCGUCCUCCACCAAUGAGAUCGUCAAGCCAGCACUCCGCUCCGUCACCACAGCCAAUCAGGAGCUGACCCAGUCGGAGUUCCUUGUGCCGCUGGGACAGAACCAGGAAGUAGCGAGGGCGGGAGCCCCGGCUCCGUCCAUGGUGAAGGUCAGAGUGCAGCACCCCCUUGAGGCCAGUGUGAAGAUCCACCAGGUGCUGAAGGUGUCUGGGUUCAGUCCCGCCCUGCGGACCUUGUCCUCGCCGGCCUCGGGGUCGGCGGGGGCUCCGGCUCCUCCCGGUGGGGGCGUCCAGGCUCAGACGGUGAGAGGCGACGGCACCUACACCGAACACUCCGGCUUCAAGUACUGCUUCAGAGAGGUGAAGGGCGGACAGUGCAGCUCUCCUCUGCCUGGACUGAGGAGCAGGGACAUGUGCUGCCGAGGGAUCGGGAAGGGGUGGGGCAUCACCGACUGUGUCCUCUGUCCUGAUACAGGUCAAAGCAACAGCAGCUGUGCGUCUGGGCUUGAGCGAUCCAAUGGAACGCAGUGUGUCGAUGUGAAUGAGUGCCUCCGGCCUGGGCUGUGUGAGAACGGGAUCUGUGUGAACACCAGGGGGAGCUAUAGCUGUGUGUGUAGGGCGGGGUUCAUCCUCGACGCCACACAUGGAAUCUGCAUUUCCCAGAGUGUGAUAUCGGAGGUGAAGGGUCAGUGUUUCCGGGUCCUGGGCUCGGGUCAGGGUCCGUCCUCCUGCUCCUUGCCCAUCCUCAGGAACAUCACCAAACAGAUCUGCUGCUGCAGCCGGGUCGGCAAAGCCUGGGGACCCGACUGCCAGAGAUGUCCCUACUUUGGUUCAGUGGCCUUUAAGGAGAUCUGUCCAGCCGGGCCUGGUUAUCACUACUCAGCUUCAGCCCUGCAGUUCAACCAGAGGGUCCACGAGCAGCUGGGGGGCCGAGGGGCCACACUGGUGAACCACAGCAACCAGGACAACCAGGCUCCUGAUCCUGGACCCAGCAGUGGAGGAGCCUCCAGGCAGAAGCCCUCGUCCUCUGGUGGACAGAGUACUUCACUGAGCUCUGGAUCAGCUGGUACCAGACCCGUUCCACCUCCGACCCCCCGGCAUCCAUCUCAGCCUCAGACCCGCCCGGCCACCAGCUCCCCCUCCACCAGGACGGUACAAUCCAGCAGCGCCGGCACCUCGACCCCCCAGAACAAACCCCCGACUCCUGGCAGAGCUGGGACCCAACCGGUCCGACCUGGAUCUGCUCCGUCACAUCCAAGACCACAGCCCCCGUCCACUGGGAGUCAGGCCGGCGGUCGCUCCUCCUCUGGGUCCCGACCCGACCACACUCAAGCAAGAGGGGACACUCUCCCUGCUCCUGCCCAGCCACAGAACCCCGAGCGUGGGUCCAGACCCCAUCAAGAGCUCCCCCCUCUGGAGAACAGGCCAGCUGUCAGCCCGACAACCAGGCCCAGCAGAGUCCAGACAGUGCGAGGUGUUUGUGAGACCAGGCCGGGUGUAUGUGGGCGUGGCCUCUGUGUGGAUCAGCCGAGUGGGAAACACACUUGUGUGUGUGAUCAGGGAUACCAACCCAACACUCAGCGCACGUACUGCCAAGAUGUGAAUGAGUGUGUGCAGUCUCCAGGAGUGUGUCUGGUGGGAGAGUGUGUGAACACCGUGGGAAGCUACAGGUGUGUGUGUCCGUCUGGAUACCGGAGCAGUGGAGAGCAGACCAGCUGUCAAGACGUGGACGAGUGCCAGCUGUCCCCCUGUAGGACCGGUCGCUGUGACAACACUCCUGGCAGCUACAGGUGUGUCUGUCGCCUUGGUUACCGGCUCACAGGCAACACGUGCACAGAUGUGGACGAGUGUGAGGACCCUCUGCAGUGUCCUGGUCAGGAGUGCGUCAACACUCAGGGGUCGUACCGCUGUGCCUCCUGUCCGCCGGGGUACGGACUGAUCAAACAACUCUGCACAGACGUGGACGAGUGUCUCCAGACCCCGUGCUCCACCGCUCGUUGUGAGAACACCCCCGGGAGCUACCGCUGUGUCUGCCUCACUGGGUACCGGCUGCAGAACAACACCUGUACAGACAUAGAUGAGUGUGCGGAGCCAUCUCAGUGUCCUGGUCAGAUGUGUGUGAACUCGGUGGGAUCAUACCGCUGUGUGUCCUGUCGACCAGGUUACACUCUGACCAACAGACAGUGUACAGAUGUAAACGAGUGUGAGAACAGUGAGUCUUGUCCUGGUCAACAGUGUGUGAACACAGAAGGAUCAUACAGCUGUUUGGACUGUCAGCAGGGAUACCACAGUGUGAACAGAGUGUGUACAGACGUGGACGAGUGUGUGCAGGUGUCUCAGUGUCCAGGUCAGCAGUGUGUGAACACUGUGGGAUCGUACCAUUGUGUGUCCUGUCAGCCUGGGUACAGCAGCGAAGAGGGCUCCUGCCAAGAUGUGGACGAGUGUGCGAGUGCUGGGGGGUGCGAGGCCGAGCGCGUGUGCGUGAACACCGUCGGCUCAUUCAGGUGCGACUGUCGGCCUGGGUAUCGAACCGCCGGCCUGGGGAGGCAGUGCAGAGACAUUAACGAGUGUCUGGAGGGGGAGUUCUGUUUCCCCAGAGGCGAGUGUGUGAACACGCCUGGAUCCUACACAUGUGUGUGUUCUCAGGGAUUCACGCUGAGCGACAACGGGACGUCCUGCCUCGAUGUGGAUGAGUGUGCGAAGUCGGGCUUGUGUGUGGACGGCCACUGUGUGAACACUGAAGGUUCCUUCUACUGUCAGUGUCAACCCGGCUUCACCACCAACCCUGAACGCACCACCUGCCUCGAUGUUGACGAGUGUGUAGCGUCCGGCGGGUCGGUGUGCGGCUCGGAGCGUUGUGAAAACACCAUUGGUUCGUUCCGCUGCCUCACUUCCUGUGAACCGGGCUACCAGGUGUACCAGGGCCGGUGUGUAGAUAUUAACGAGUGUGCCAAUAAGACGUCGUGUGGAGACCACGCCUUCUGUCAGAACCUGAUCGGGACGCACCUGUGUGUGUGCGACCGCGGCUUCACCUCCACCCCCGACGGGAGCUCCUGCGUCGAUGAGGACGAGUGUGUGUCUCUGGCCGGUGUGUGUGGUUCGGCUCGCUGUGAGAACGUGGAGGGGUCCUUCAUGUGUGAGUGUGACCGCGGAGAGUUUGACAUGACCACGAGAAAGUGUGUCAGCACCGUGCUACCAGCCGAGACCGUCCCCAGCUACCCCUCCUCCUCUUCCUCCUCCUCUUUCUCCCCCUCCUCCUCCUCUCAUGCCGGUGCGGUGGAGUCGGACCCGGUGCUGCCCCCCCUCCCCCCCGCCCGUCCUGGCGAGCUGAGGGAGUGCUACUACAACCUGGCGGAGCGUGGGACCUGCAGCCUGCUGGCCACCAACACCAGCCAGCAGGAGUGCUGCUGCACGGUGGGCGAGGGCUGGGGGCUGGGCUGCCAGCACCAGCCCUGCCCCCCCGCCCACACAGCCGACUUCCUGUCCCUGUGUCCCAGUGGGAGGGGCUAUGUCACAACUGGACAAGAAGCCUUCAGCUACAGAGAUGUGGACGAGUGUAAACGUUUCCACCCUGAGGUGUGUAAGAACGGAGUGUGUGUCAACAACAUCCCGGGAUACAACUGCUACUGCUCCAGUGGAUAUGUUUACAACAGCACGCUGCUGGAGUGUGUCGAUCACGAUGAGUGUGAGGAGGAGAGUUGUGUUGGAGGAGUGUGUGUGAACACGGUGGGAUCUUAUUACUGCAGCUGUCCGCUGCCGCUGGUGCUCGAUGACACGCAGAGAAACUGUGUCAACUCCUCCCACCUCACCGUGGAUGAGAACCUGUCUGUGUGCUGGCAGCACGUCUCUGCAGACCUCAUGUGUCAGAGCCCCCUGCUGGGCGCCCAGUUCACCUUCACGGACUGCUGCUGUCUGUACGGGGAGGGCUGGGGGAUGGAGUGCGCCCUCUGUCCCUCCACCGACUCCGACGACUACGCGUUCCUCUGCAGCUCCUUCCCUCCUCUUUUUCCAAGUUAUCCCGUUUCAAGCGGAUCAGAAACAGGAGUGAGACGAGGAGGUGGACAAGGAGGAGCAGGAGCUCCUCUUCAUUUCCCUCCUUUCUCUCCUGACUCCUUCCCUCCAGCUGUGGUUCCCGGCAGAGACUUCCUUCGUCCUGACUAUGACGAUUACUCUCCAGCAGGGGGCAGCAGGUCCGGCUACAGGACUCCUGCGUCCUUCAGUCUCCCGGACGCAGCCUAUCGCAGACCUGAGUACGGAACUGGUUUCUACUCUGAAGGAGACUACUCCUCCCCUGACGGGCCCCCGCCCAGGCCUCCAUCCUUCCGCCUCCUCCCGGACCCCCGGGCUGAGACGGCGUUCGGUGCCCGGCCUCCUCCUCCGUCCCAGCCGGACGGUCCUCCUCUCAGCCUGGCUCCGCUGCCCGGGGCUCACUACCCCGACCAGGAGGAGGAGGUGGAGGAGACGUGGAGGCCGGGGCCGCCGUUCCCACCCUUUACUGAGCAGAGAGGAGGAGGAGGAGGAGGAGGAGAUAGAGUAAGAGGAGGAGGAGGAGGAGGAGGAGGAGGAGGAGGAGGAGGAGGAGGAGCACUUAGGAGGGUGUAUGAAAGGCGUUACGAGUCGUACGGCGGCCUGAGCGCAGCAGAGGAUUGUGGGAUACUGCACGGCUGUGAGAACGGCCGGUGUAUCCGCGUGGCGGAGGGUUACACCUGCGACUGCUACCAGGGCUACGAGCUGGACAUGACCUCCAUGACCUGCAUCGAUGUGAACGAGUGCGAGGACGGGGGGGGCGUGGAGUUCCCGUGUGUGAACGCUCGCUGCGUGAACACCGGCGGCUCGUUCCGAUGCGUCUGCCGGAGAGGCUACGUCAUGUCGCGCAGGGACAACCACUGUGUGGCCGCGUAGACCAGGACCAGGACCCACCAGGACCAGCCAGGGACUGGACCCCGGGACAGACCGGGUCGGACUACAGGACACUCAACUGGUCUGGGUUUUACUUCAGGACCAGAUUGACAAACUAUACUCAACCAGGAUAAAACGUACUGGACUUUAGAACUGCAGAUUGCACUAAACCAGGCCGAGCUGAACUGGGCCGGGUCAGACUUUAUAUCAAGAGUCAUUUUAUUCAUCAGUUUCUGUCCGGCCCGGUUUAUUUAACCCAGAAACUGAAUCCAGGCUUUCAGUACAAAGUAGGCUAACUCUUAUUAGCAUCACAAUACAAACCAGGCUAACUCUAAUUAGCCUUGCAGCACAAACCAGGCUAACUCUAAUUAGCCUCGCAGCACAAACCAGGCUAAAUCUAGUUAGCCUCGCAGCACAAACCAGGCUAACUCUUAUUAGCAUCACAAUACAAACCAGGCUAACUCUAAUUAGCAUCACAAUAAAAACCAGGCUAACUCUAAUUAGCCUCGCAGCACAAACCAGGCUAACUCGUAUUAGCAUCACAAUACAAACCAGGCUAACUCGAAUUAGCAUCACAAUACAAACCAGGCUAACUCGAAUUAGCAUCACAAUUCAAACCAGGCUAACUCUAAUUAGCCUUGCAGUACAAACCAGGCUAACUCUAAUUAGCAUCACAAUACAAACCAGGCUAUCUCUAAUUGGCCUUGCAGUACAAACCAGGCUAAGUCUAAUUAGCAUCACAAUACAAACGAGGCUAUCUCUAAUUGGCCUUGCAGUACAAACCAGGCUAACUCUAAUUAGCCUCACAAUACAACCGGUCACACGUCACAUGUUCCUGACGACACAUCAGGACGUUGUUUUUAAAGGUCUGAAGAAAAGACGUGCAGAGUUGUGAAGUAGAGGAAGAAUCGGGUUUAGUGUGAUUGUUUUACUUUUUACAUUUGAACUCAAAGACGUUUUCAGGUCAACAAACCCAAGUUAUUCAUUUCACCAUGUUUCAUAAGAACAGGUUGA